UUUAUUAGGCCCAAAAUCAAACAUUUAUUAUACUGCAGCAGGGGCGGACUGACCAUUAGAGCGCUCAGGCACUGCCCGAGGGCCCAGGGUCAGUAGGGGGCCCCAUGAGAUGCCCCUGGUACCUUUCAUGGGCUUUUUCAUAGGCUUUUUUGGGUGUGGGCAAGGACACAGGGGCCCCAUGAUCCCCUAUUGCCCGGGGGCCCCAUGAGUUGUCAGUCCGCCCCUGUACUGCAGCUCACCGAUCCUCAGAUGUGGCGGCUGCAUUCGUUUUCUUUCUUAGGCUUUCUUUCUUCUAGUUUCAUCUCAUACUUUUUCAUAGGCUUUUUUGAGUUUGGGCAAGGACACAGGGGCCCCAUGAUCCCCUAUUGCCCGGGGGCCCCA